AUGGAGUAUGAAUUUUGGUGUUGUCAAUGUACGAGAAAUGAGAUCGAUGAUGUUACAGGGAUCAAUGAUAAUAAUAAUAAUAAUGCUUCAUCAUUAUCCAAUGACUUUGUGGUUACCCAGCAACCACUUCCCAACGAGGAAAAUAAUUGUAGCCAUAAUGAUUUAAGCUUUUCCAAUAAUAUUUUUGAAACCAAAAAUGGUUUCAACGAACGAAAACAUGAGUUAGACGGUGAUAGUGAAAUGAGAAUCGAAAUGAAAAGGUUGAAAGAAGAAAGCACUAAUAUAACGAGUAUUAUACUUGAUAAUCUUAUCAAUGAAUCAAAGAAAGUGGACCCAGCAGAAGAACUAACAAAGAGUGAACAAAAG